AGAAUUUAGUUACCUUUCGCGAGCGCACGUCGUACGUACCUGUACUCAAUGCGAGGAAUGUGAUUCGGAAUACGCUACUCAGCUGGAGCUUUGAAGAAAAGAAAAAUAAGAGCCCCUGGUUUCGCCAAGAUUAAAGCUGCCAAAAGACAAUGAAGCAGGACAACAUCGCAUUUGUCAUCGUGACGCUAUGGUUCAACGAAUUGGUUACUUCGCAGGAUUCUCCUAACAUUGUCGAGCUUCUCGAUAGAAAAGAGGCGAUAUGGACGUACAUGACGACAUCAACACAUAGAAGAUAUGACUGCAAAGCGGAUGUCAUUGAUGAUAUAAACCACGAUUAUGUCCUCUUUCGAAGUUUUUUCGGCUACAGAAGCGUUAUAAAAAGCGAUUGGCAGCAGUUCCUCGAAGGGCGCCUGUGGUACAGCGAAGCUAGAAAUAAUCCAAGGAACCAUGCGUACAAUGCCAUGAACGUCAGCUACCGAGGCGCCACUCCUUAUACGACGGAAGUAUUAACUUAUCUAAGUCCGAACAAGGAGUGUGGUGUAGUUUCAGUUAUUGAUCUCACGACUGGCACAGCAGAGAUCACGCAUGAAUUGCGGGUGAAAAAUUCUUCGAUAGCAGUAGUCACUGCUAAUCCGUGUUUUAAGGCAGUACGAGAUAGCUGUACAAGGAAAACAAGCUCGGCUCACCUACGUACCAAUAUGCCAAGAUAUACUUAUAGGAAAAGACAAUAUCAUACCUGGUCGUCCUAUCGAAACAGCUCUAAGCUCAGGCCAUCCGAAGACCAGACCAGCCAUCUUCAAACCAACCAAUGUCCUGCUGCUCUGCCAGCUUCCAUCGGAGCCUAAGUCUUUCCGUGCGCGGUUGUCCUGCCAAUUGCUCGGAGUUCUUUCGAUCCCCCACCCACUAAUCUCAAGAAGAGGAAAGCGGCUUUGAAUGCAAAAGACUGCGCAUGCGUCCGCGGUUAAAAAAAUCUAGCCGUCUUACGAGCGACUAUGCAGUUGCAAUUAGCUGCUUUACAAAAACGACGGCCACUACGGUAAAGAGAUAAACAUUUAAUUUAGCCAUUAAAGCUGGAGAGCUUUGCCUGAAAACAUGUGCUUCUGUAUUUCCGCGCCGUACGGAAGGUGGGAAUGGGACAGGCGCAUGAUAGAAUGAGAUAAUUAUAAACCGUUUCUUAUAGAUGAAUAUAACGCUACUCCGCUGUCGCCAUACACGUAAGUAAAUUUGGCGCAACAAAGCGUGCAAUACAACACAAUGUAGCACAAUUUCGAUCACAACUAAGUAUGUUACCUACACUUUUAGCAAAGAUAAAAACUGAAAAUGCAGAGGAAGAGAUAAUGGUGUUGUGUCUUUUUUUCCAUAUAAUACAGAUAUUUAUAAUUCGUAUGGGAAAUUGAACGUUUCCACACGAAAUGCGAAAGGGCUUACGGUUGCUGAAAAAUUGCCCUAUACUUAUGUGCAACCAAAGGGAACUCGUUUAGUGAUCGAACAGUUGGCGUGGUUGAACUUGCAUCGUAAUGCAUGGGUGAUCGUGCUGUUGUAUGUAUUAAUGUGAAGUGCAUGUUGUUCUUUAACGUGUAACGUGAGCUGACCAUUUUCGACUGCAGCGGAAUAAAAACGCAGGUGAAUAAACGACCUCCUUGAAACAGUCGCU